AUGUUAUACAAGAAUAAAACUAGUUCAAAAAGUGAAGUCGAAAGAAUUAUGAAUGUAUUCUUUUCCCAGCCGGAUCAAUCCAUUGAACAACAUCUUGCUUUUUCAUUUGCAUGCGCGGCUGCUUGGAGAAAACUUAACGUUGGUGCUACGUCAGAAUGGCUAAGAUUUAAAAUUUUAUCUACGAAAAAUGUCAGUCAAUAUUUAAAGUAUCAACCUGAAUUUGUCGGUUCCACUGAACGAUCGAAUGCUACUCAAAUACUACAAAAUAUUGCUUCAUGGCAAACAAUUCAUCAGAAAUUAGCCUUCUUGCUGAUUUUUAUACCAGUUUCUUCAGCAAUUGUACAACUUGAACGAAUAAUUUCUAAUGAACGUCGACCAUCUACAAUCACAACUUGGCCCUAUUUAUUAAUUAUUAAAGGUUAUCCCGAAGAUUUACAAAUUUAUCUUAUUGAAUAUGUUCAUUUAUUUGUUGAUGUUAAAACUGAAAUUGCAAAUUCUAUCAAAGAAAAAUUUCUUGCUGUAAUUAUCAAAUGGAUGACUAAUUGUUGA